AGAGAGAGAGAGAGAGAGAGAGAGAGAGAGAGAGAGAUUCUGAAACUUUGUCUUCUUCAAUGGGAAAAGGAAAAGACAAAGAGAUCAAUAUGGAGAUUGAUUAUUUGUCACUGAAAAUUGAUUCUAGAGAAGAAGAUAUAUAUGAUGAUGAUGAUGAUGAUGAUGAUGAAGAAGAAGAAGAAGAUAAUCAAGAUGAAGAAUCAAAAGAACAGGAUGAUGAUGAUGAUGAUGAUGGUGAUGGUGAUCAAGAUCAUCAUGGGAAUAAGGUAUUAGAUCAUGAUCAAGUUCAUCAACCAAUUUUAUUAGUGCAAGUGCAUAGUAGCAAAGAAGCUGGUGAAGUAGAAGAUGAGGCAUCAGUAGUAGUUGAAUCCUUGCAAGAGAAUAUCAUGAAGCCAGAAGAGUUAUCCAUGCUGCAAAUGGAGAUGAACCGCAUGAAAGAAGAAAACAAUGUAUUGAGGAAAGUUGUCGAAAAAACAAUGAAAGAUUACUAUGAUCUUCAAAUUAAAUUCGCCUCCAUUCAACAAAAUAACCCCAAAAAGCAGGAUACGUUAGCCUUCCUUUCCCUACACGACAUUCAACAAAAUAGUUCAAAUAAGGUCUCAGACAGUGAGAAUCAUAAGCGUAAAUCUCCAUCGCCGCCAUCGACCCAUGAGAGCGCCGCUGAAGAGAGUCAUGAAUUAGGGUUGUCACUGAGGCUACAGUCGAGCACUAAUCAUAAGGAAGAAGACCAACAACGUAUAAAUAACAGUAAGAAGAAAGAGGAAGAUCAGAGUGGCAACAGCAACAAGCUGGAGGGUUUUGCAAGUUAUAAUAAUAAUAAUAAUAAUAACAACUCGUUAUUGGCAAUGCAAAACAAGCUUCAAAGAACUGAUAAUCAUCAAAUUGCUGGGAUAACUAGCCACGUCGGCAAUGGUAACCCACCUAACAGAAAGGCUAGGGUUUCAGUGAGAGCAAGAUGUGAAGCAGCCACUAUGAACGACGGUUGCCAAUGGAGAAAAUAUGGUCAAAAAAUAUCCAAAGGAAACCCUUGCCCAAGAGCUUACUAUCGAUGCACUGUAGCUCCGGGAUGUCCAGUAAGAAAACAGGUGCAAAGGUGCUUAGAGGACAUGUCCAUACUCAUAACAACAUAUGAAGGAACACACAACCAUCCACUCCCAGUGGGUGCAACAGCCAUGGCUUCAACCACAUCUGCUGGGGCAUCUUCUUAUAUGUUAGUAGAUUCAAAUAACCCUUACUCUAGUCACCAUGGAAGUACCUCCAACUACUCUCAUAUGCUGAUAAACCCUAUGUCCCAAUAUAACUCAAACAUUAGGACUCUUAACCCUAAUGACCCUUCCAAAGGGAUUGUUCUUGACCUCACAAAUAACACCCCACAGUUCCCUUUGCCCACAUCCUCAUCCCAUCAUCAGCCAGCCAACAAUUUUGCUUGGAACAUUCCAAACAAGUUCGCAACAUAUAAUCAAAUGGGUAGUGUCGCCGAAAGCCUCGUAUCGAGUGCUAGGCCGCCGGGAUUAAACGACGGCGUUUGGCAAGGUGAGGAAAAGACGUCAAUGGCUGAGAAUGUGACCGCCAUAGCUUCUGAUCCCAAGUUUAGAGUUGCUGUGGCCGCUGCUAUUACGUCUCUAAUGAAUAAAGAAAAUCAUGCAACUACAACUACUAAUACGGCUGGAUCAUCAAGUACUUUUGAGCAUCCUAAAGAAGGAGAGAAUAGUGGAAAUGGCUCUUCUAGCCAUAAUUGGGUGCUUGAAAAUCUCUCCGCCAACGGUAAGGCAAUUCGUCAAACACCUUGAGAGCAAGACAGAACAUCAUCAAAUAAAAUAUAGUAAAUUUCAUAGUUAAAGAAAAAUUGAAAGGUGAUAAAUACAGACAUAUGUAUCAUUGCUUCUAUACGUUGUAGAUUUCGAAUAAUAUUUGGUUAAUCAUUUCAUAGUGAAACUAAAUUAUAAUAUCGUAAUGGCUUUCGUUUAA